CUUAUGAGUGUAUGGGCGACUGUGGUGACUUCUCCUCCUACAUCAGCCGCUGUCACUCUUGCAGAGUGGAGAGUGGAUGUUGGAUGAUGUAUGAUCAUCCCAACUACAUGGGAAACCAGUAUUUCUUUAGGAGGGGAGACUAUGCUGAUUACAUGUCCAUGUUUGGAAUGAACAACUGCAUCAGGUCCUGCCGUAUGAUCCCUAUGUACAGGGGAUCCUACAGAAUGAGGAUCUACGAGAGGGAGAACUUCAUGGGCCAGAUGUAUGAGAUGAUGGAUGACUGUGACAACAUCAUGGACCGUUAUCGCAUGUCUCACUGCCAGUCCUGUCAUGUGAUGGACGGCCACUGGCUCUUCUAUGAGCAGCCCCACUACAGAGGCAGGAUGUGGUCAGGCCUGGAGAGUACAGGAGCUUCAGUAAUAUGGGUGGCAUGAGAUUCAUGAGCAUGAGGCAUAUCAUGGACUCCUGGUACUAGU